AUGAUCAAUAACAGCAAACGGAUGGCCUGGCCUGCACCAUUUCGUGAGCCCGUCAACCCGUACUAUGUGAACACUGGUUAUGCCAUGGCUCCUGCCACCAGCGCCAACGACAGCGAGCAGCAGAGUAUGUCCAGCGACGCAGACACUACUUCCCUCACCGACAGCAGUCUAGAUGGGGUUCCACCCUACAGAUACCGCAAACAGCAUCGCCGGGAGAUGCACGAAAGCGCCAAAGCAAAUGGGCGAGUGCCACUACCUCAUAUCCCACGCACUAACCGGAUUCCAAAGGAUAUCCACGUGGAGCCGGAGAGGUUUGCUGCAGAGCUGAUCAGCAGGCUGGAGGGCGUCCUGAGGGAGAGAGAGGCUCAGGAGAAGCUGGAGGAGCGGCUGAAGAGAGUACGACUGGAAGAAAAAGGAACAUGUGUUUGA